CGCCAGAAAGAGUGUAAGAAAUUAAGAAUGAAAAAAGGGAGUUCGACGAGAAAUUACUUUUGGAUUUCUAUGGCUGCCAUUAUUUGAGGCCUAGAGAUAUUUAAAAGAAACCGCGGUAGAGAUUCCAACUCCCAAUUCCAUCUUUCAACUACCACCCCUCUCUCUCAACAUGACUGUUCUUUCCUUUGCUUCCAUCACUCCACACCUCAACUCCCAACACCGCUGUAUCGUUUUCCGCUCAAAUUACUGUCCCAAAACAUACAGAUUCCGAUGCAAUGGAGAGAACCCAACGAGCAAUUCUUCAACUAGUAGAGAAUCUGAACCCGAGAAUGCGUUGCUCAAGGUUGCUUGGUAUGGCUCCGAACUCUUGGGAAUUGCUGCUUCGUUUUUCCGUUCCCCAUCAAACGUUGAAGCUCCUGAAAGAGUUCUUGAGCUUGCUGGAGAUGGGUCGGGAGUAGUUGAUCGUGCCCAAGUCGUGGAGACUGUCAAAGACGACUUUGAAAGAUCAUACUUCGUCACAGGGAACCUUACACUUGAUGCUUAUGUAGAGGAUUGCGAAUUUGCGGAUCCAGCAGGUUCCUUUAAAGGGCUUCGCCGUUUCAAAAGGAAUUGUACGAAUUUUGGAUCCCUUAUAGAAAAGUCAAAUAUGAAGCUUAUGAAGUGGGAAGAUUUUGAGGAUAAGGGAAUAGGGCAUUGGCGAUUCAGCUGUAUAUUGUCAUUUCCUUGGAAGCCUAUUCUUUCUGCCAUGUUGCAGCAACAGGAUAUACCGAGUAUUACUUUGAUGCACAAUCUGGAAAAGUAUGCAGGCACGUGGAGCACUGGAAUGUUCCCAAGAUGACUUUACUUAAGCAAAUUUUGCGGCCUAGCCAGGGGUUAUGGCGUAAAAGAAUAGGUGCUUAAGUUAACCUGGUGCUUGAGGUAUAUAGAGUGAUAAAAUGAACCUUAUGGCUGAUCAGGUUUCGAUGAGACACUCCUAAGUAGUAAUUAAAUCAUGAUAUAUUGAUAGAAAAAGGUUGGGUCCAUGACAUCUCUCAACUUUUGGUGGGAUCAGCUAUUGUGAUGAAGAAUCCUUUCAAUGCAUGAUUCAAGCCUCCGUUGUGGUCUGAUCGGCCAUACUCUGAAAAUGGUGAUUCAUUUGCUGUUUUCUCUUUCCUCACAAACAUGAUCAGUGUUGGAGAGCUUAUCUUGGAAGCAUUAAUUCAGCUAGAAUUUAUUUAGUUUUGGAUUGAUUCA